UGUACUUCUGGCUUCUGAAUUCAGAGGCUACGGCAGAUGUGUGAAAAAGCCAGUAUCUAGCUCAUAUAUUUGUUAUAAAUGACAUCACCAGUGUCAAAACUGUCAAACUUGUCGUUACUUGUUUUGAUUUUAUAGUAGUAAAAUUUUACAUACUUGCCGGGAAAACAAAAAUAAGAAAAAGUAAAUUAAAUCUGCUAAUAGUAUUUAUAAGCAGGUGACAAAAUGGCACGCAGUUUAUCUCAAGGUACAAUGAUCGUACUGGACGUAGGAAGAAAUGUAAACACUAAAGAAGAAAAUGAAAAAAGUUUCUUUGAAAGAGCAAAAGGAUGCACAGGUCGUAUUAUAGAACGCAAAAUAUUAAGCGAUGGUAAAGACUUAGUCGGUGUCAUUCUAUUAGGUUCUAAAACAACCAACAAUAAUAUGGCAAAACAAUAUGAUGGUGCUUUUAAACACAUUGAAGUUUUAUCUGAAAUGCAGACACCUACUUGGAAAAUGAUAAGGAAUUUACCGGACAAGCCGUCAGAAACCAGAGGUGAUUGGUUUGAUUCAUUAAUAGUAGCAGCUGAUUAUUAUAAGAAUAUAAUCAGUGGUGUGAAGUUUGCAAGUAAGAAAAUAAUAUUGAUGACUAAUUUUAAAAGGAAGACCUCAUUUGAUCCUGAUAAUCUUGAAGAGGUCUUGAAUGGUUUCAAAGAAGAGGGCUAUGAAGUUUUUGUAGUUGGUCCAGACAUAUACUCCAAGGAGAAUGACAGUGAAGAUACUGCUCUAGCCAGACAGUUUGUGGAGGCUACAGAUGGUGCAACAUCAACACUAGACAGCAUCAUGAAGCAUGAACUACUCUUCCACAGAAAGAAAAUUGUCAAUGCCUCACCUUGGAAUGUAGACCUAAGUAUUGGCCCAAACAUAAAAAUCCCUGUAUCUACAUUCAUCAAACUCAGAGAUGAACCGGUUGUCAAAACUUGGAAAAAAGCUGUCAAAGAUCCCGUUACAUCUACAGCCAGCACAUUUGAAGCAGUGGAAAAAAGAAAAGAAUACAUUAAUCCAGAAAACCAAAGUACUGUUAAGAUUCAGGAUAAAAUCCAAGGCUAUCACUAUGGCCAAACCAUCAUACCUUUUACUGACUUGGAU